GUUUUCCUCCGAGCAGCUGCGCGUGUUGCUGGUUCUCCGCGCCGCCGGCGACCGAUUCUGAUUCUGUGGAUGAAUUUAUAUAUUUGUUGAUCUCUACUCAGUGAUGUUGACCCGAAAGUGUUUGGAGGCAUCACUAGCCCUGGGGGUUCGAGGAUACAAGAGAAGCCUGUUUCCGACGCUUACCGUUCUGAAAAAGCGUCAAGACAAAGUCGGAGUGCAUAUACCUCAGAGAUCAGCUGUCGUAGAGUGGGAUUUCGACCGCGAGGUGAACAUCUUUUGCAAGCGAUUCUCGGUCCAACCUGGACCUUCUAUAAGGGACGCAUUCAGGAGUCAAGCCUUUGUCGAGAAUGAAAAUGAGCAGCGGGUCAAGAUCGGACUCGAGCCUCUCGCAUUGAGUUCCAAUAAGCAGCUGGCUGAGAGUGGUCUGGAACGACUCCGUGAAGUUUUGACCACUCAGAUCAGCGAAAUAUAUCCGAAACUCCCUCAGCAAGGUGUCGAGGCCGUACGGAAUUUCCUCUGCUCGCCAGAAUCGCUCACCGAUGUCGCGUCUCAGAUGGGUUUUGCACCGCUCGUCAUCAGACCCGGUGAUGGUGAAGCGGUGGAGCCUGAAUUGAUGAGAGAAGCCUUCCUGGCUGUUUUCGGCUCGAUCGAGAACCAAGGCGACUUCUGUCGGCGCUACGUACUCAUUCAGCUGGCGGGCAAAGACAUCAUGGAUAUUUGGCAUCCGAUCGAUGUGUCUCAACUUCUGAACAGCAUCCUCAAAAAACGAAAUCAGCCCCCUUACGAGCCCCGUCUAAUCGGGGAUGCCGGUCGCAACACCCUCGAGUCCGUAUUCUACGUCGCCAUAUACUCGGAUAGAAAAUUCCUUGGAAAGGGAGCACACGAAACACAAGCAGCCGCAGUCGACGUGGCGGUACGCGAUGCUCUCAAGCGGGUGUUCGGCAUCACGAGGGCAGAGAGGAGUCCAUUCGAGAUCAUGGCUCUCAAGAGUAUUUAUGAGCGAAACGCUGGUCUUACGACGAGCUAGGUAUUUCUGAAAAUCUUGACUACAUGCUGAUAGCUACUUGAGCGGAAUAAAAUCUAGGUC